AACUACGUACUUUCUUCACACACCACCCAAUCAACAUGGCCACCCCUUCCCUCUCUCUCCUCACCCUCCUCUUCUCUCUCCUCACCCCACUCCUCAUUUCCUCUUCCCCUGUCCAGAACCCCCAGUGGGUGGCCCAUGAAGUAAACAGGAAAAUCAAUGGCUCUUUAGCAAGGAGGAAUUUAGGGUACCUGUCUUGUGGGACAGGUAACCCCAUUGAUGAUUGUUGGAGGUGUGACCCGAACUGGGAGAAGAACAGGCAGAGGCUAGCGGAUUGUGCAAUUGGGUUCGGGAAAAACGCAAUAGGAGGAAAGAACGGGAAAGUAUACGUGGUGACGGAUUCGGGCGACGACGACCCCGUGACACCGAAGCCGGGGACACUCCGUUACGCGGUGAUUCAGGAUGAGCCAUUGUGGAUCACAUUCGCGAGAGACAUGGUGAUUCAGCUGAAGGAGGAGCUGAUCAUGAACUCCUUCAAGACCAUCGACGGAAGAGGCGCUAGCGUCCACAUUGCGGGGGGUCCAUGCAUUACUAUACAGUACGUGACGAACGUUAUAAUCCACGGGAUUCACAUUCAUGAUUGUAAGCAAGGCGGCAACGCUAUGGUGCGCGACUCCCCACGCCACUACGGCUGGAGAACCGUCUCGGACGGCGACGGCGUUUCCAUCUUCGGAGGAAGCCACAUUUGGGUUGACCAUUGCUCUUUGUCUAACUGCAAGGAUGGCUUAAUCGACGCCAUCCAUGGCUCCACUGCCAUCACCAUCUCCAACAAUUACAUGACUCACCAUGAUAAAGUCAUGCUUUUGGGCCACAGUGACUCCUACACUCAAGACAAGAACAUGCAGGUCACUAUUGCUUUCAACCACUUUGGUGAAGGCCUUGUUCAGAGGAUGCCUAGGUGUAGGCAUGGAUACUUUCAUGUGGUCAACAAUGACUACACCCACUGGGAAAUGUAUGCUAUUGGGGGAAGUGCUAACCCAACCAUCAAUAGUCAAGGCAACAGGUUUGUUGCACCUGAUGAUAGAUUCAGCAAAGAGGUGACAAAGCAUGAGGAUGCACCAGAGAGUGAGUGGAAGGGUUGGAAUUGGAGGUCAGAAGGGGACUUAUUGGUAAACGGUGCGUUUUUCACAGCAUCGGGGGCUGGAGCCUCCUCUAGCUAUGCAAGAGCUUCUAGCCUGAGUGCAAGGCCAUCUUCACUGGUGGGGUCCAUCACAACAACUGCGGGUGCACUCAACUGUAGGAAGGGUUCCCAUUGCUGAUUCUGAUUAUGACCAUGACCCCUCGAGCAACUGUCUCUGCAGGCCGGUCUAUUAAUUCCCAAAAAAGGAAUCAAACCAAAAAAUCAAGAGGGGGAAGGGGAAAAACAAUCACACUAUCAUUAACUAUGCUCAUUUCUUAAAGCUAGGAUAUAUAUAUAUUUUUCCUAUGUUUUCCUUCCUUCCUCCCUCCAUUCUUUUCUUUUUCUCUUUUAGCUUUUUUUAAAAAUUGUUUUCCACUAUUUGUCCUCUUUUUUUUUUAUUUUACUUUUGGGUCUUCGAUUUGGUUUACUUUUGUAUGAUUACAACCUCCGCCUGUAAACCUCAGAGCCAAAUUUGAGAAUCUGGCCUGUGAGAAAGCAAGUGCAGGAAGAGUUGAUAUAUAUGAUUACAUAUUUCUAUGUUUAA